AUGGGUUGCCGCCAAUUCUUCCUCUGUUUAACCCUUGUCUUAUUUCUGGUCGCCGGCGACGAAAGUUCCGAGCUUUCGAACGAGCGAGCUGCCCUGCUGGAGUUCAAGUCCGGCGUCGUCAGUUCGCACCCUGUAGACCGCCUGGCGAGCUGGGGAAGUUCCUCUGCUUUACCCGUCUGCAACUGGACUGGAGUGGAGUGCAGCAACAAUGGCGGAAAUUCCCGCCAAAUCGUGCAGAUUGAUCUCAGUGGAAUGUCACUCCACGGCACGAUUUCUGCUUCUCUGUCCAACAUUUCCUCUCUGUUGGUCCUUGAUCUGUCUCACAACUUCUUUCGAGGCAGGAUUCCAUGGCAGCUGGGCCGGAUUCCCCAUCUCAAGCAGCUGAGCCUGUCGUGGAACUUGCUGGAUGGCGGGAUCCCUCCGGAGUUAGGGUUUCUCAGGGAGCUCGUAUACCUCGAUUUGGGCAGCAACAAGCUGUUCGACGAAAUUCCUCAACCACUUUUCUGCAACGGGUCUUCGGCUCUGGAGUAUGUCGACCUCUCCAACAAUUCGUUGUCAGGAGAAAUCCCUCUGAAGGGCCAUGGCUGUGAGCUUACUCGGUUGAGGUUCCUACUACUUUGGUCUAACAAGCUCGUGGGGACCAUUCCUCCGUCGCUGUCCAAAUCGUCAGACCUCGAAUGGCUGGACGUGGAAUCGAAUAACCUUACAGGGGAAUUGCCGUCAGAGAUUGUAAGCAAGAUGCCUAAACUGCAGUUUCUGUAUCUCUCCUACAACAAGUUCGUCACUCAGGAUGGAAACACCAAUCUUUCGCCAUUUCUGUCUGCUUUAGUUCGUGCUGAAAACUUGCAAGAGCUCGAGCUGGCUGGGAAUGGUCUCGGCGGAGAGAUCCCUCCUAUUAUUGGCGAUCUCUCGACCAACCUUGUACAGAUUCACUUGGAUCAGAACCUUCUCUACGGUCCAAUCCCACCUCAAAUUUCCAACCUUCUCAAUUUAACACUCCUGAACCUUUCAGCUAACCUUCUCAACGGCACGAUUCCAUUGGAGCUUUGUCGAAUGGCGAAGCUCGAGCGGCUCUAUCUCUCGAAUAAUUCGAUCUAUGGCGAGAUCCCAGCGGAGUUUGGUAACUUGCCUCAUUUGGGUCUCCUCGACCUGUCGAAGAAUGAGCUGUCAGGUUCGAUUCCUGACAGCUUUGCAAACCUUUCUCAGCUGAGAAGGCUGCUGCUUUAUGAGAACAGGCUGUCGGGCACUAUUCCUAGGAGUUUGGGUGAAUGUGUAAAUCUGGAGAUUCUGGAUUUGUCGAGGAAUGAGAUCUCUGGGGUGAUUCCUGGUGAAGUUGCUGGGUUGAGGAGCCUGAAGCUGUACUUGAAUUUGUCCGGGAAUUAUCUGGACGGGGCUCUGCCGUUGGAGCUGAGUAAGAUGGAUAUGGUGCUAGCUAUUGAUCUGUCGUCGAACAAUCUCUCUGGCACGAUUCCGUCGCAGCUUGGAAGCUGCAUUGCUCUGGAGUUUCUGAACCUUUCAGGAAACUCCAUUGAAGGUCCUCUUCCUGCUUCUAUAGGGAAGCUGCCUUACCUGAAAUCACUGGAUGUCUCUUCAAACCAGUUAAAUGGUUCAAUCCCACAGACACUGCAGACAUCUCUAACCCUCAAGCAACUCAACUUCUCUUUCAACAUGUUCUCGGGCAACAUAUCGAACAACGGAAGCUUCUCCUCCUUAACCAUGGAAUCCUUCAUGGGAAAUCAAGCUCUCUGUGGCACAAUCAAAGGAAUGCACAGCUGCAAGAAGAAGAAGCAUCCCUAUAACUCCAUCACCAUGCCUCUCAUUGUCUCACUAUUUGCUGUCUUCUCCCUAUGCCUAUUCGUCUACCGGUCCAUUUCCAAGUCCAAGCUCAGAAGUCAGCUGGGCAUAUUCAGUCGACAGGAUGAUAUGGACUAUGAUGAGGAGAAAGGGAAGAAGAAUGAUCACAAGUACCCAAGAAUCUCAUACAAGCAACUCAUCCAAGCAACCGGAGGGUUCAACCCAUCAACCCUGAUCGGUUCGGGCAGGUUUGGUCAGGUCUACAAGGGAGUUCUUCAGGAUAACACAAGGAUAGCUGUCAAGGUUUUGGAUUCAAAGACAGCAGGGGAAAUCAAAGGAGGAAGCUUUAAGAGGGAAUGCCAAGUCCUGAGAAGAACGAGGCACAGGAAUUUGAUCAGGAUCAUUACGACGUGCAGCAGACCGGGUUUUAAUGCUUUGGUUUUCCCUCUGAUGACGAAUGGUAGCCUGGAGAGGCAUCUGUACCCCAGCCAUGGUUUGAAUCCUGGUUUAAGUUUGGUGCAGUUGAUUGGGAUCUGUCGGGAUGUCGCAGAAGGGGUGGCUUACCUGCACCAUCACUCACUCGUUAGAGUUGUGCACUGUGAUCUCAAGCCUAGUAACAUCCUUCUGGAUGAUGAUAUGACCGCUUUGGUCACUGAUUUUGGGAUAUCCAAGCUGGUUAAUGGUGUUGAUGAGCUGAAGUUGGUUGAUGAUUCGGUUUCAUUCGAGUCGACUGAUGGACUGUUGUGUGGUUCGCUCGGCUACAUAGCUCCUGAGUAUGGAAUGGGGAAGCAGGCUUCAACCCAAGGAGAUGUGUACAGCUUUGGAGUUCUGUUACUAGAAAUCAUCACAGGAAGGAGGCCAACUGAUGUUCUCUUCCAUGAAGGUUCAAACUUGCAUGAAUGGGUGAAGAGCCAGUACCCACACAAGCUCAGCCCCAUUGUUGAGCAGGCGAUCCUUCGAUACGCGGCAAUGGCGUUGCCUUCAUCUCUGAACUCGGUUUGGGAAGAUGCAAUCCUGGAGAUGAUCGAUUUGGGUCUGAUGUGCACCCAAUACAACCCUUCAACAAGGCCAACCAUGGUGGAUGUAGCCCAUGAGAUGGGUAAGCUGAAGGACUAUGUCACUAGUCCUCCUUCGUUGCUGAUUCAGGCUACACAAUCUAAACUUGAUGCUGCUGCAUCAUCGAUCAAAGCACCAGUUAACUUAUGA